AAUUGUUGCUGGUAAACUCAAAAGCUGCACCGACUAAAAUGUACUAACUUUUAGUCAGUUGUAGAGAGAUAAGGUUUUAUAACAUGGCGGCUGAUAAGUUACAACAGAAACCGGGUACUGGUGGUAAAGCUAGCUAAUCUGCUGCGAUGGGAACAAAAAUAAUGAGCUAAUGGGGUCAGAUUUCUGUUUAAAGCACAAUUAAUGGUCAGUGUAAGAUUACACUGACUUGCCACUUCUCUCUCUGUUUUUACUUUGUAGUGUUAGUUUUCACUUCGUGUUUGCAUGACUUCAACAUUUGUCUGUUUUUGUCACCUGUCUGCUCUGUUCAUCCAUGAAGACUGGGGGGAAAAGGACAAGACGCAUGAGGCCUUUGGGUCCUGCUAGACAAACGUAUGGAGCCUGAUGUAAUGCCCCCGCCUUCUUACUCCCCCCCUCCUCUGGAUGAUGACGGUGAUGAUGGGGUGGGGUCAGAGGAGGAUGAAUUUGGGGAUUUCUCUAUAGGGGGCGUUUGCUCCCCGCUCGGUCAUGCCGACUUCACAGAGUCAGCUACCCAUCAGUCGGAUGGUCACCUGGUUGAACAAACACAACGCACUCCGUCUGAGGAAACUGGGAGCCGCGAUCCUGACUCUUCUUUGCACUACUCGAAUGGACAGGCAGGAGAAGACCUACAGCCCGGGGCACAGGGCUCUUCUGUGGAGGACACGGGGUUUGCUGAUUUCGCUAUGUUCACAGAGCAGGCAGGACACCCCUGGUGUUGUGGCUUCACGGAGCAGUGGGACGGCAGAGUGGACAAACGCGAAUGUGUUUCCGGGCAGGAGGUUGUCAUGGAGUCGGAGCCUAGAUCCCAGCAUGCAUGCAAGACAAAUGGAGGUAUCUGCGUUGAGGGCGAGCACUGUGAGAAAAGAGAUGCAGCACUUGUGCACCCGCCUCAGGACCACAGUCAGCCUCAGGGAGACAAAGAAAAUGUUUGUUUAAGAUCAGCUGAGGAAAGGCAAAACGUUGGGAAAACUCUGGAUCUCUUUGUGGCAGAGCCUUCUUCCGACAGGGUGUCUUGUCAUGACAAUUGGUCGUCAGAGGAACCAAAUGUUUCAUCCCUUACAUCUCAGUGUGGCCAGUCUGAUUGGGACCAGACUGAUGAUGAGGUGGAAGACUGUGGAUAUUCUGACGCUGUCGUCAGCGGCGCUGUGGAGAACCUUGGCCCGUCUGAGUUGAAUGCGCCUCACUGUGAUGCCACUCAGGAAACCUCGGCUACCUCCUGCCCAGAGAAACGUACAUACUUCGCCGACUCUAAUGCCUUGCGUCACAGGGAACCUGUUGAGACAGCUGACACGGGAGCAGAGAGUCUGGGAAACCUUCCACCCAGUGACAGCUUUGCGGAUUUCUGCUCGGCGCCCACGCAGGACGAUGAAGAGAGACCAACGUGGGCGGACUUCACAGACCAAAGCGGACUGACGGAGGGAAGACCGUCGACACAGCGCAGUGAGCUGGUCGAUGAACAGGAAGGCGUAACAAGAAUGACUAACUGUCAGGAUUCCCUGUCCUGCCAUGUCCAGCAGCUCCUCCAGUCCAGCUUCCCAAAGGUCUGUGUCCCAGCUGUGGAAGGUGAGGAGGACCUGCCCAACCUUGGUGCUUUACUUCACAUCCAGCAGCCUCCAGAGACGGAGGAGGAGAUCCCAGAACUCAGCCGUUCUCUGAGGAUUCAGCGGCUGAUGUUCAGCCUAUCUGAGGACAUGCACUGCUCACUUGGUCUCCAGUUUAAGUGGGGAGGUUCUCACAGUAACACCUCACUGCUCAGGUGCCUUGGUGUGGACACUAGGAACAUAGUUUUUAUUGGCACAAAGAAGCAGGCGGUGACUGUGCCAGCGUACGCCUCUUCCCUGGGAAUGCUGGACCCCACCAAAGACCCUUCGCCGGCUGUGUGCUCUCCAGGACACACGGCCGUCUCGGCACCCUCAGGGCCCCCGGAAACACAGAAACCCUCGACUCGUUCGGCGCAGGAGCUUCCUUCGAACCAGCCGGACUGGAGCUGUAGAGGCCUUAGCAGCUCCCAGGAGGUCUGCUCCUCAUUCAACCUUGAUUAUUUUGGGUCUGAGGACGAGAGCAGAUCCAGCAGCAGCAGCCGAGCCAGCAGCCCUCCUCCAGGUGUCGACCGCGAGCUGUAUGAAUUAAUUGUAAGCAAACUGGAAGCUGACAAUAAAACCAGUCAGAUAGAAGACACUCUGAACCGCCUGAUGUCCGCAGCAGAGAGCACGAGCAUUCCCGCCAGGAAGCCUUCAGCCCAAGAAGAGCUGAGUGGAGAAGCUGGCAGAAUGAUUUCUGAACUUCCUGACUUGUCCUUCAUGCAGGCCAAAGUUCUGAUGUUCCCCGUCUUUCUCACACCCGAAGCUCACAGUUCCCCAAAACUACUUUAGCUACUCAGCAGCCACUGACGACUCACUUGUUUGAAAAGACAAAUAAAGAACAAAAUAUACGUGGGUACAGUACAUGAGCUGAUGUAGAUUUUAAGAAGUACAAUCUGAGAUGCCCCCUACUGGCCUAAUUUGUUUGGUCACGGACCGUCAUGUUUUGAUCAAACUACGCCACCUGCUGGCUAUUUAAUGUAUCUUAUUCAAAAUGGAAGGCAAUCAAAACUAUUAACUGUCUUAAGGUUCAGUCUUUGGAUUUUAUUGCGGUAUUAACCGACAUGUAUUUACUUUAGGUAUUGUAUAAUGUUGUAUUCUUUGAAUAUUUGGAGUAUGCAUGUGUUUAUUUAAAAUAAAAAUGUGUCAGACUAAACAUAUGUAAACUUAGAAGUAGCAAAUUAUAGGUUGGCUUUUGCUCACAUGUUAUAGAGAAUGUACUUUAUGGAUCAACUGAGAAGUCCUGAAGAUGGGAAGUUGCAUUUAUGUACAUUUUGGUGACAGUUAAAAAAAUUGUAAUGUUUUUUUUUGUUGUUGUUGUACUUAAAUGUUUUGAAUUAUCAUAAAAACUUAUAUCUGAUAUCGAUUUA